AGAUGUCAGCUUUGGAGUUAAUCAACAAGGAGCUGAUACGAGUGAUCAAAGAAAACUUUGAAGAUUAAAGAGAGGGGUAGUUUGUAAUUUCUUGAAGUGUUGCUUGUAAAGAUAACUUCUGGUGGCACAUGAUUCAUCUUAUCUAUAGAACUUGCAAGAUGAGAAUAAGAUGAUGGACCUGAUGAAUGUAGGUAAUGAUAUUCAAGAGUUCUUAAGGAGAAGUUGUAAUGUACCAGAUGACAAGGAUGAAGAAGAACUCAUGGAUGAACUUGAUGCUCUGGAAGCAAGAUUCCUUCAGCACUUACAGGACAUGCUGCACCAGCCAGCUGAUCCAACGCUUGGGGGCUGGGUUUGUAGUAAGCUUUCUGCGAACACAUUUUGUGAAGAGGAUGAGAACUGUGUCAAUGGGAACAUUCAUGCAAAUGUUGAAGGGUCAACGUCAAAUUGAACCUCACAGUUGGUGCAUUGGAAAUGAGAGGACAUCUAAUGCUGUUAUUGACAUGGCAACUCCUUAUUGCUGAUGUUAAACAUAAUAUUCCUUUUUUUUCCUUAAUAUUUCUGGUGAUUCAUUGUUAUGGCAGACUGAAAUGAAAAUGUUCAUUCCUC